GCCAUGGGGACACUGAGGCACCAACACAGUAUUCAGAGCAAACAUUACGAACAUUCCCAGUUCGUCACAUGGGGGUUUAUUAGGGACACCCAGGCAGCAACAAAACAGCUUCUACAACACCUUCCUGGUUACCCAGAUGCCAAAACCGCAGUUCCCUUGGCUUAGGGCUGGUUCGGUGCCUCUUGCUGGGUUUGUCACUGGCUGUCUUCAUGGCUCCAGGCUUCCUGCACGGUUCUGCAGAGGGAUCUGAAUGCCAAAGCAAUGCAGAGAAGAAGAGUUUUGAAGUUUCAUCCCUUUGGGGAAAAACAAUCCAGGUUGGUGUGACCUGGUUCAAAAAGUUUAAGAUGAGAGGGGACUUGAAAGGAUCUAAAUAUGACAGGGAGAAAGACCUCACGGGGAACUGAUGGGCGUGACACUGUGACUGCCACAAGUAGGCCUUAUGGCAGGACCUGAGGUCUCUUCCAAGCCUAAUCUUCUAGGAGUCUAUGUUCUAGAUCGCUCAGGAGCCCUGGUAAGCUGGGCACAUGAAGAAACUGUUCAUUGUUUUAGGAUCAGUUUUCUCUGCAAUGCUCUUGUCCUGGAUAAAUAGUAUUUUGCGUCAUGAAAGCCACCUGGCCACUGGAUAUCCCUGUAAUUGUCCCCAAUGAUAACAGAACUCCGCCCACAAUUUCAACUCCACCCACCACCCAAGCGCCACCCUGAAGUCUCUCAUAAAAGAUCGUGCAGAUUUUAGAAUAAGCUAAUCCCCCUUUCUUGACUGCUUGGAACAACAGCAAAAUAGUUAACAAUCAAACCAUAUAAAUAGUCGCCAUUAGGUUUCAGAGUUAACAUCCUCCUGAAGUGAAUCGGGGUAGCUCACAGCCUUCAGACAUGUUACUGCAGGCUGCCUGCUGAGUCAGACAGAUGUCACAGCCUCAGUGAUACAGGUAGCUUUGAGGUGGGCUCCCAGCCCGUUUGGCUCGGGGAACCCCCAGCUCCGAUUACGGUAACCGGAGUCAGCGCCUGUGUUAUUCAGAGCUAUAAAUAAGGGUCUGGCAGCUUGACAUUUGGAGAGAAAGUGAAAGCAUCGGUUGUUGUGAAGCAGGGGACAGAAGCUGGGACAAUUCCCCCCCAGACGCUUCCCCAAACCUGGCAGAUCCAGACUAACAUGGCUACCCCUCUGAUACUUAAUGAAAGAUGAUGUCACGUGAUGAAACCUCCAGGAAUAUGUCCAACCAAAACCGGCAACCCUACGUUGGACAUAGGCUCUGGGACAGAUCUUUAAAGGCCCUUAGGCAUCAGAGUCCAACUGGAAACACCAGUCCCAGGACGGAAGAGCACUUGGGGAUGGAGGGACACGGCCUCUUUGCUGGGACCCUGCGUCCAAAGACAGAGGAGACGAAAAAUUCCUCACACAGACCCAGCAGGCGGCUCCAGGAGCUGGAAUUACAGGUCUAAGGAAUUGCAACAGAGCGUGAGCUGGGCCGUGAGGAACCGGGGAAACCAGAAUGAACUUGGGGCUGAGAAGCUGCGUGAGGCUGAUCUUUCACUUCCUGUGGGGAACCUGGAACAUCCUGGCGCCCUGCAUCCGAACUCAGAUUUGGCCGGUAUUCCUGUCCUUCACCAGGGGUUUGAAGGAUGUGGUCAAGUGGGUCUGGAGACUGCUGUUGAGCCAAACACAUCAGAAAUUGGUGCUGUUACUGCUGCCUACAGCAAUAGGGCUCGCGGUACUUUUCUUUCCCCAUGGGACAGUGAAUUAUGAAGCUGGAGAACCAGAACCGUUAAGUGUCAUCGACCUCCUAAGAGCACAGGGCAGACUGGAAGCCCAGGGGAAAAUGACUGAGGACCUGAGAGCCUGCAUGGACCUCACCCUGCAGGAAUUCAUGAGAGAACCCCCAAGCAUACAGGACAACGCCCAGAUGCUGAUCCAGUGCAGAGGAACCGCGCUGGAAUUUAAAUCCGGAGAUGGGAAACAUGAGAUCUACGUAUAUUACCUCAACGAGGAACCCCGGUAUGACGUGAAAGAGCCAACCAUGGACGUGUAUCUAUCCCGGCUGCGCUCCCACCCGGACCAGCUGAGUGUUGAGAACCUGCUGAAGGUGCAGAACCGGCUGGAGGCCGGGGGAAAGAUGACUGAGGUGCUGAGACAAUGCUUUGAUCUCACCCUGGAGAGAUUCCCCAAGGAGCCGGUGUGCCUGCAGCACAACGCCCGGCUGGUGAUCAGCACCGUGGGAACGAGGAUGGUCUUCCUCUCUGGAAAAGGGGAGAAUGAAAUCAACGUGUAUCCCGACCACACAGGGCUCGUUCAGUACGUGGUCAAAGUGCCAGGAUGGUGGGCCUGGGUAGCCAGGAAUAAGGUGUUCAUAGUUCUUGUUACAAUCCCAGUCUUCAUUUGCCAAAUGAUGAUCUAUCAGAAAAUUAGGCAACGUCCUUAAACAACACUUGGCUUUAGAACAUUACGUCCACCAACCACUGAAUCCUCCGUCUCCAACCAGACAAAUUUAGUGCUGCCAACUCUUGUGAUUUAAUCACAACUGUCACAAUAGAAGGAGUUUUCCUGCCAUUUAUCAGCGAGCUGAGAAUCUCAGCUUCCCUUCAAAGUACAAAGUAAGUUUCUAGCUCUUACGGUAGCUGAGAAAGCCAUGGGAAUGAGACGACUAGUGGCUCAAUACUUAGAAAUGGAAUAAACAGAAUCCAGCACAAAUACAAAACGGGGAAUGCCUGGCUAGGGGGAAGUAUUUCAGAAAAGGAUCUGGGCGUUAUAGUGGAUCACACAUUGAAUACGAGCCAACGACGUGAUGUAGGUGCAAAAAACCCCUAAUAUUCUGGGGUGUAUUAACAGGAGCGUCCAAUGUAAGACACAGGAGAUCAUAGCCCUGCUGGGCGCUGACAAGGUCUCAGCUGGAGUCCUGUGUCCAGUUCUGGGCACCGCACUAAAAGAAAGAUGUGGAUCAACUGGACAGAGUCCAGAGGAGAGCCACAAAAGUGACAGAAGGUUUGGAAAACCUGAGCUAGUGAAGCAAAUGCCAAGAGGUCUGUUGAUUUCAGGAGGUGCUGUAACAGCUCCAAAUGCAUAUCACAAAAACAUAUACACAUUAUUCCCAAGGCUAGUCAUCUGGCACCUGUACGCGACAAAAUUCCUUGCCGUAGAAGCAAUGGCCAGUCGUGCACCAAAAAUCCAACACACCCUCUUCCGUUCUGAGCAUGGUAAUUAUGUAUUGACCAAGCGACAGGUGGUGAUUUGGGGACAUACCUAGUUUCGUGCAAUCCACAGCUCCACACACGUGUUCCAUUUGCUCUUUCGUACUGUUCCAGCUACUUCGCAUGUACAAUUAAAGGAAAAAAGCCUUUACUUGAAAGAAACAAAAGAAACCUAUACUGGGCAGAAAAGCGAAACCUGAAAGAGCGUAAGUGAAAAGGACGGAUUGAUGCUACAAGGAUGUGGAUAUAGAUCGAUAUGAAGAGAAUGUGAGAUGGCUCAGGCCGUGGCCAGGCCAUGCUGAGUUGGUCAUCCGGACACUGAGUUGCAUUGACUCCUCACCCAGCCAGCUGUGGGGCAGGGACUGGAGGUCCAUGGCUCAUCCACUGACCAUCAGCUACAGCUGGGCCAUUAACUGGCUCCUCCGGUGGCCCCUGGACUGGGUCAGGAGGCAGAUGGGCCACCUGUUGCGAAAGUGUCUCAUGGUGGCCUUGGCCAUGAUGCUGGUCUCCAUCGUCCUUUGCAUCCUUGCUCCCAUGCUGCACCAGGAGACGCUGGGCCUCUCCCUCCCGAGCGCCGGGGACCCCACGGCUCUGAUGAUCCGUCCGCCGAACCUCCCCAAGGGUAUCCUCACCCUCCUCCGGGACGCCCUGCUCCACAUCGCUGCCCUGCUGUCCUUCCGGGAGCCUCUGACCAUCGCCAACCUCCUGAGGCACCGGGACCGGCUGCAGGGCCUGGACGAGGCGAGCAGCGAGCUCUGGGCCUGUCUCGAUCGGGCCGUGGAGGAGUUCAGCAAGGAGCCACCAGCGGUCCAGGCAAACGCCCGGCUGAGCAUCCAGUGUGCGGGGCGAGCACUGGAGUUCCUCUCCGGCCAGGGGGACUGCGAGAUCUCGGUCUAUCUCCUCCGCCACCGCGUCCGGUACAGCGUGGAGGUGCGGACGGCCGAGCUGUACCUGGCCAGGUUGGCCGUGCGCCCGGAGCCGCUGAGCGUGGACAAGCUGCUGAUGGUGCGGCACCGGCUCCAGGCGUGGGGGGCGCUGACCGAGGAGCUCAGAGGCUGCCUGGAUUUCGCGGUGCAGAAAUUCACGGAGGAGCCGUUCUGCGUCCAAGACGACGCCAGGAUGGUGGUGGACUGCGCUGGGCAGGCACUAAGGUUCUCCGCGGGGGCUGGGGGGAACCAGAUCAACGUCUACGACGACCGGGAUGGCCGCGUCCACUACCGCAUCCGGGCAUCGGGGCUGUGGGCCCGCACCGUGCGGUUCCUCAACGGCAACUAG